AUGGCGGCUGCUGGGAAAACCGCUGUUACGAGGACAGUCGGGGCUGUAAAGCCAAUUCUUAGCAGAGACCUGGGAGAAGCCAAACGGAGAGUGCGGGAGCUGUACCGAGCCUGGUACCGAGAGGUGCCCAAUACAGUACAUGUUUAUCAGCUGGACAUCAGUGUGAAGCAAGGACAGGACAAGGUGAGAGAGAGCUGUUUCAGAAGAAUGCACUUGUCACAGACCCAAGGGUGAUUGAUUUACUUGUAAUCAAGGGUAAGAUGGACUUAGAAGAGACAAUAAAGGUUUGGAAGCAAAGGACCCAUAUUAUGCGAUAUUUUCAUGAAACUGAAAAUCCACGACCCACUGACUUCCUCGGCAAAUUUUUGGCGGGUCAAGACUUUUAA